GGUGGUUAAGGAAGGCCGUUGUAUCUUGGUUCGAUCACUUUUGCUUGCCCGGUGGAAGUAGCGCUCUGCUGCCACAGUCGCUCGCUCGCCAGUCGCUCAGUAGCCCUUCGACGCCAGCCACAGACAGGCCGGAUCUUACAACAAAAUAUGAUUGUCAACAGGGUUCUGGUGAUCCGGUUAGUUUUGAGGCGCCAACGUUUGUGAGAAGUUGGAGGAUGGUAUAGUAUCAGUUCAAUUGCCUGUGAUUGCCGUAAGAGGGCGAUGGAGAAAGGGACUCUGGAAUCGAUGCGUCUAUCAGUUGUACGCCUCUGUGCUUUGUAAGGCAGGACCGUCAGCUAACGGAUUCUGUUGUAGUGCCGGUACAAUGUAACACUGGAGAGCUGUGCGCUGCACGAUAUGCCACAUGAGACGACAACUUGACUGAAAUAUAAAAGGAAUUUUCUUUGGCUCCAGAAAGAGAAAAAUACUACAUCUGCAUAAGAUCUCAUUUUCUCUACUUUCGAAGACGACUUGAACAAGCAGGAUGAAAAACGUUUCAUACCUCAUCAGCUCGAUGUCGCCUCUGGACGAGUCACCUCUGCCACUCUGCGAUCACUAUGGCAAUGAAACUGGACCAUUUGGCAAUGGAACUGGACCGAUUGGCAAUGGAACUCAGAUGGGACGAGGUCCCUAUUUCAUGAAAGUCAUACCCAUCAUUCUCGCUAUAUGUUAUGUUAUAAUCUGCUUGGUCGGCUGGUUAGGCAACGGUCUCGUAAUCUAUGUCGUCGUUCGAUUCGCCAAAAUGAAAACUGUUACGAACAUGUACAUUCUUCAUUUAGCUAUUUCGGACGUCCUAUUCCUCGUGAGUUUGCCAUUUCUUACUACGACAACGCUAUUAGGAUACUGGGUGUUUGGCUUUGCCAUGUGUAAGAUCUACUUUGUGCUUUUCUCCAUCAACUUAUUCACCAGUGUAUUCACACUAACUGUGAUGAGCGCUGACCGCUACCUUGCGGUUUGCCACCCCGUCAGAUCUGUCCGCUAUCGCACUCCAAGAAUUGCACUCAUCGUUUGCCUGUGUAUAUGGUCGGUGUCCUUCCUUGUUAUGUUGCCGAUUAUUCUGUAUUCUACAACUGUUCCCCAACUACCGGCGACGCGAUUCAAGGGCAGACAGACCUGCACGAUCUCUUGGCCCGAUGGUCAGCCCAUUCCAGCGGACAAAGCUUUCAUCUGGUACACCUUCAUCUUGGGUUUCUCGAUACCCAUAUCAUUGAUAUCUGUGUUCUAUAUCCUGGUCGUGCUCAGACUGCGCACAGUUGGACCGGCAAAGAAGUCAAAAGAAAAGAAACGAUCUCACCGACGAGUGACGCGGAUGGUGCUGACAGUAUUGUCAGUUUAUGUUAUCUGCUGGCUACCUUACUGGGUAUUUCAAGUGGAAAUUACCUUCAAAACUGGUUCGCAGAGAUUAACUGACUGGAAGGUUGUACUAUUUAACGCGCUCACAGUCUUGACGUUUGCAAACAGUAUGCUUAACCCUUUCCUGUAUGCAUUUCUUAGUGACAAUUUCCGGAAGAGUUUCAUGAAGGCGUUUAAGUGCACAUCACCAUCGGAGAUCAACAAGUCCCUCUGCGGCGAAAAUAGCAUGUUUCCAAGGACCAGCCAGAGCUACGCCAAGAGUGUAGCAACGAAUACUACCAUUGAUGAAAGAAUGGAAUUGUCGACAUUUGAAUCUCAACAAAACUGUACAAGCCACGUUGUAUGCGAACCAAAUGAUCAAUCACUUCAAGACGAAAAGGGAUGUUUAAAGCCAGUUGCUCUCUGAGACCAAGAACAUUAUGUUUCUCGUGCACCGUUUUUGCGAUGAUAUUACUCUCCGUUAAUGUUUACGUGGGAUUAAACCUGCGGCGUGUUUCCCCCUGUGGCGUUAAUUGUGGUGAUCUUACUGCCGACCUACUCAGACCUGUGUCAACAAUAUUUUUAUCAGGACGAGCAGACAUAAACCUUAUUGUGUACAUGCCUGUUGAGCUUUCCGAUCAGUGAGUUGACAUUGUCAACAACGUGUGGAACUAUUUCAUGCCGCCGAAGGUCUAUCCAGUAGUGUCAGUGGGCGCUUAACAAGAGAGACAGCCCGAUCAAUAGACGUUUAUAAAGGUGACAGAUAACUGUUGAGAGCUAGAAUACGUCGGUGUACGUAAGACACUGAUCAAAUUUGGCCUUUAGAGUCAUACUAUCAAAACAGGUAAUUUUCCAGAAAGAAGCCUUAAUGGAGUCUAGAUAGCUUGGUGGCGCUUGUCUGAUAGGGCAAAUAGGUAGAUACGCCAUAAAGGACCCCUACAACCUGUGUUAUUCCCUGCAAUGUAUGCCUGUAUAGUUAUUACAUCACCAUGUUUAUAUGUGCGUCUGGAAUAUCAGUAUAGAUAUAUUGAUGAACAAGUAUUGACAUAGUGUGUAACAUAUAUAUUCUUCAAGCCAUGUUCCUGUGCUGGCUGCUGCUUUGUUAGUGUUUCUGCAUGACGUUUCUAUUAUAGCGAGUAAAUGACUGUUGUUUUGUCCACAAUGAAACCAUGUAUUAUCAUUACGUUAUUGUUUUGCAUUGGCUUUGUCGUGUUCUUCAGAUGGAUGUAAUCAUGUGUUAUUUCUAUGCAUAAAUGGGGUGAAUAUUG